AUGCUAAGUCAGACGACAAAGCUAUUGAUGAGCAAUGCGCUCAAGAAUGCAUCUAAACCAGCAGUUGCCACUAGAACUUCUUCAACGGUGCUAUUGCCUAGAUUACAUCAUCGCAGCCAAUACCAAUCGAUCAAAUACUAUUCCACCAGUAAAGAUCAAUCUGCAGCUGACCAAAAGAGAAAAGAAGAUAGUGCUGCUAAGCCGGAAUCGAUAUUGAAUGAUGAUAUGCUUGCAAGAGCUGGAUUUGAAGAUGUUGACUCCAGAAACGAACAAAGUGCAACAAAAGCAGGAGCAACCGAAGGUAACAAAGGCAAGAGAGAGACAGAGGAGGAUGCAGAUACUGCAGAAGGUGGCGAUAGGAGUACCGAGGCUGAAACUGGUUCUAAUAAGAGAAAGAGAAGAAGAGCACAAACAUCGAAAGAUAGACAGCGUGAGAGAUAUGCCAAUAUUUUCUACUUGACCACAUUUGCUGGUGGGAUAGUAGGAUUAGGGUACAUGGCGAGAGAUUGGGAUUCAGAAAAGGAGCAAGAAGAUUUGGAUGCCAAGAAUAUUGCCAAUGGAUAUACUCCUGGUUUAAUGUAUGAACGUCUUUCCAAGAGAUUGGGUUCAUUAUUUACUUUUUUCUCUGAGCCAGCAUUUGAGAACUUGUUGCCACCACCUGCACCAGAGCAAUAUCGUCGUCCAUUGACCUUGGUUUUGACCUUGGAUGACUUGUUGAUUCACUCUGAAUGGGACACCAAGCAUGGAUGGAGAACAGGUAAGAGACCGGGAUUGGACUAUUUCUUGGGCUACUUGUCACAAUACUAUGAAAUUGUUUUGUUUUGUACCAACUCACAGAUUUAUUCUGAGAAAGCAGUUAGUAAGUUAGACCCAUAUCAUGCCUACAUCUCAUAUGCCUUGUUUAGAGAAGGAUGUCGUUACAAGGAUGGUAAGAUUAUCAAGGACUUGUCGUUGCUCAAUAGAGAUUUGGGCAAGACUGUGUUGAUUGAUGUUGACGAGGAUUCUGCAUCUAUGCAGCCAGAAAACUCGAUUAUUUUGAAGCACUGGGACGGUAAGCCAGAUGACUAUCUUAUUAGAAUGAUUCCAUUUUUGGAGUAUCUUGCUACUCAACCAGUUAAGGAUGUGCGUCCAAUUCUUAAUUCAUUUAAGGACAAGUCCAAUAUUGUUGAUGAAUUUAGUGAACGUGAGCGUAAAUUGAGAGAGCAAUGGAGUAGAGAUCAUAGAGGUGCAGGCCUGCCAAAUGCAGGUAAUUUCUUGGCCAAGUUUUUGGGUAUGCCUGUUCCUGAACAAAAGAUGCCAUUGGAUAUUAUUAGAGAACAUGGGCAGUUGCAAUAUCAACAUUUCCAAAAGUACUUGCAAGAGAAUGCAAAGAAGUUUUUGGAAGAAGAGCAAAAGUUGAAGGAUGAGUUUGGAAAGAUGACAUUGAACAAGUUGAUUACAGAAGGUGCGCCAAACCCAGAGGAGAUUGCUAAGAUCCAACAGCAAAGAGCUGCUGAAGAAGCUGAGAAACAACAAAAAGAGGCUGCCGGUGCUUAA